GGUGCACAGCAUUUCAACUGACGUGGCAGAGCAUCACGACGUGGGCGUGUUUUAGCAUUGUCAACAUCCUGGUGACAUAAUUCGUUUUUUCAAAAUGGCGACGGCUGACCAGAGAGAAGCGGCCGGACAGGACGACCCAGAGAGUGAGGAUGAGGUCUAUGAGGUCGUGGACUUAACAGAGUAUGCCCGGCGGCACCAGUGGUGGUGUCGGGUGUUCGGGAGCAACUCGGGCCCGAUUGCUGAGAAGUACUCCGUAGCCACCCAGAUCGCGAUGGGAGGCGUGACUGGAUGGUGUGCUGGUUACCUCUUCCAGAGAGUUGGGAAGAUCGCUGCGACCGCCGUUGGAGGAGGGUUCCUUCUUUUGCAGAUGGCCAAUCACAGUGGCUAUGUUCAGGUGGACUGGAAGAAGGUGGAGAAAGAUGUGAACAAAGCCAAAAAGCACUUGAAGAAUAAAGCAAACAAAGCAGUCCCUGAAAUAAACACAUUCAUUGAGGAGGUAAAGGCCACGGACUUUAUAAAAAGGAAUAUCGUCUUGUCCAGCGGGUUUGUUGGCGGCUUCUUUCUGGGUCUGGCCUCCUAAUGCUGGCGCGCGCGCCGCAUCCUCCACUUACUGUGAAUCACGUCACAUUCUUCCCCAUCGUUUACCUCGGUUCCAUGUGGGCAUCGAUUCAACUCACACUGAUCAUGUGGGGGGGGGGGCGGCGUUACGUUAAAAAUUGAAGCAUGAUUUGUUGUGUUAACAGUGAAAAUUGUUCUACUCCCUCUGUUAUAAGUCAAUCAUAGCUAAUGAUUUCUUUUUUAAGGCACUGACUGCACACUAAAGAAUGGGCGCAGGUGCGUUGAAUCACAGUUGGUUGUACUGUGAGUCUUCCGUGGGACCCAUGACAGAUUCUUUGUCAGAUUGCUGAAUAUGUCAAGCUGCCACAGACGAGCACCGAGUCCUCUCUGCUUUUUCCAACACCGAUCUGAGUUUGUCCAUCCCCUUGUGUUUUUGUCACGCUGAUAGUUGUCGUGCAUUGGCGCACACAUGGGUAUAUAUUGGAUAAACAACAGCAGAGUUGGAAUGUUAACACUCUCCCCCAGUCUAGUGGGGUUUUUUAAGUUGCUGUGAAGUUCAUGUGCCAUUGAAGCAUGUAAGCAAACACAAUUCGUUUUUUAAAGUCGCCUGAGCGAUUUAAACCAUUACUUUUUCCACUUUGAUCAGGACUUAUUGAUAUACAACAUGGAUAUUAAAUGCAGACCCUUGAGUUCCAUAAUCCUCAGCGUUCCACGAUGCCCUUUUAAUGACGGGAUGAGCAUCUGCUGCACCCUAAUUACCACGAUUGCAAGCCAGACACCAAAAGAGACACCAGUCCUGUCAUUAGAGCUUAAUGUAGCCGCAAUUGUGACUAAUACGCCCUUUGCUAUUGUCAUUGUGCAUUUAGCAGUUGCAGUGUGGUUAUCAAGCAACAGAUGCUGCAGAGUCGUGUAUAUUCACAUCAUGUAGAUGUGACUGCCACUUGUUGGAGUCCACUUAAUUACAUCACAAAUUGCUGCCUUUUUAAAAAAAACAGUGCAAUAUACAAUGUUACAUAGUCGUUUUUUUCUUCUUUGAAGAGCCUGUUUUUCCCUGUUGAUGUUUUGUAUGCUUGUAUACCCCUCAUUCCUUCAGUUUCAUGUAUUUUGGUUGUCUGAAUUGUAUGAAUUUGGAUGUCUUUUAAAAUAAAGUUGAAAUUUUGUUCAA